AUGCGGGGGAAGAAACGGGAGUUUGUUGUUGAGGCCAAUGCACCGGAACGUUAUCCGAAGGAAGAAGAAGAAGAAAUCCAACGGCCUUUGCAACGCAUUGCCCAUGUGGAUACAAGUCUUCCUAGCAGUGCGUACGAGCAGCGUAUUGUGGACCAGCUGCAGGGACUUCUGGAUGCUAGUCAGGUAAACCUGCAGGAAUCCGUCAAAAUGGGGCGUAUCGCCGCUGCGGCCCUCUUUUUUCAUCAAGGCGCACCUGUCGCUAUCACAUUUGUCAUGCUUAUUAUUUCUUGUGUGAUAGACCCGUCCGCACAGACCAUAACAUGCACAGUGUUGUUUUCAGUCCUUUAUGCAUUCUGCAUGGUGGUGCAGGUGUACCUACUGUGGGCGCGCAUCACGGAGAAGAAAAUGCGUACAGCCUAUAUUAUGGGUGACGUGCUUGCGCGCUGGCGACGACGUAUCAUGGGGAUGAUGAAGAUGCCACGACAGAGCCCACAUGAACGGCGGGCUGCGUUUCUUGAAUCUACUGCCAUGUUGCCGGCAAAGGCAUUUCGCAUGGUGGCUGUUAUCGACGUAGCCACUGGACGUUUGAAACAUGUCCUUAAAUCUCUCUUGAUGCGGGGCACGAAACGCCUGGACGGGUCAAAGCUUCGUACAUGGCCUUACACUGAGCCCGUUGGUCCUUGCAAGCUUGUGGACGUGAUGGAUAUGACACUGAAAUCGGAUGCUAUUGUGUUGCGGCCGUUGCAAGAUAAGGGGCGGCCACCAAGGCGCCCAAAUUCACAAAUUCUUGAAAACAGCUUAGAGGAAGAGGAGGACAAUACGACAGAGGAUAGUGACCAUGAACGGGACCCACGCAUGGAUACGAGUGAUGCAAACACGAAAUCUGUAUCACAGAGGAUGGAGUUUCUUGUUCACCGCAUUUUCCUACUGGUAUGGAUGUUUGGCAUGCUGCUUACUUUUGUUGCUGGAUUUGUUUUUCAUGCGUUGCUCGACGCUCCGAUUGGCCAGAGAGUCUUUUUAUACCCUUCCGUUGCACUGCUGGGCCUACUUCCGGUAAACGCCAUCCUUUUGAACCGUGCACUUGUGCUUUACGCCAAUGUAUAUCUGGAGCGGCUUUUUGGUCACUUGGUUUCAAGGCCUGUGAACGCCCUGGAUGAUCGCAUCCCGCGUUUUUCGUUUGUUUCAACCUGGAAGGCACUCUGGCACGUUGUGCGUCAGCGCCCUGGUCGCCAACUGCUCUGCUUCUCCUCCUCCAUUGUGGAGGUGCUUGGGAUGGCGACUGUUGUUUCUUUGCUGGACGCCACCGGCGUGGUGACAGACAUGGUCCCUCUUCCCGUGGUCAUGCUGAUGUGUAAGCCUGACGAGCACCCGGACGUGUCUUCGAGCUCGGAGGACGAUGGUGGUAAUACCGGCAGCGGAGGGCCACGUCCCGUUCACGACGAUGACGUGGCGGCUGUGGCAGAUUCCACAGCAAAUGAGCGUAAAAGGGAACGGAAGAAACUUGCGGGACGUAAGAGGUUUCAGGACAGGCUGUUCUUUGAGUUGAGGCUGACUCCUAGUCAACGGGAUGACCUUGCGGUGCAGUUUGCUGACGAGAAGGAGUCCAACGCGCGACAGAUGAACAUUUCACCUGUUGCACUCUGUUUGCUGUUGCACGCCCUUCUGCCAGAGCCGGAAAAUCUGGAGACAUGGACAGAGCAGUUUCGGUUUUGUGAUCGGACGGUUCGAUGGGCCCGCAGUACGCAUUGGAUUGCACGUGCCAGCGGUUUUAUUGACAGUGUUGUCGACUCAUUCCGUAUUCUCGCACGUAUUUUUCAAAUCAACACCGAGACACGAACUGGCUAUCGCAAUGAUUAUCCCGAGCAGGCUAGUACAUUGCUGGUGGCGGGCGAGGACGGCACUGUGCAUGCAUUUACUAUGGGUUCUGCAUAUAUGGUCGCCCACAACUGCAGCUUUUACUUUACCGGCGUUUCUAUAGAAGAAUUAGAUCCAGAAGCACGUGAUGAACUGGUGCACAUUGGAAAGAUGGUGUGGGAGGAAUGCAUGGGGCUUGAGACGGUGGCAGUGUCGCAUCGGAUUUUACCAGAACGAUACCGUUCCGUGUUGGAGAAUAAUUUUAAAUGGGAUAGUGAUGGGUACAGCGAGUAUUUUUUUUCUAACGGCGUGCAGGUGAGGGCGACGGAAACGAAAAACGACCUGGAAAUGGAGGGAUUCAAUGGUGGUGUGCAGCCAACUUCACCACAAGCGAAAGAAGAAACGCGACGACAAUUAGAAGACGCCGAAGAAUUGCCAAUAUUAAAAUCAGAUCAGCCAAACCAGGAGGAUGAGGACGUUUUAAACACCGGGCUUGGUUCUACAGCGGUGCAGGCCACUCAUGGCAACCCCUCGCUGAAUUUGGCGGAUGAGGGUAAAAAGCCCUCUGUGGAAGACGAUGAUGACACCCCUGCGUCAAUGGAUAGUCUCCUCGAUCUUCUCGUGGGCGACUUGUAUGUAUUUCUCGCUCUUGUUGGCUUGCGUGACUCUAUUCGUCCCAAUGUGGAAAGUGCAAUGACUCUCUUAGACGAGGCUGGAAUUCGCUGCAUGUAUUUUUGCGCCGAAAACGAGCGACGUACGAAGAGUCUUGGCAAUCGACUUGGGCUCGAGACGGACUGGAACUGUUGCAUCUCCCUUAAGAAGGGUGCUGUGGAACUUGACCAUCAUAGCAUUCGUGCACAGCUGCCGGUUGGGAUUGACGCCAUCCGGAAGCAUAUUUUACACGUGGACCCUAUUCCACUGCAGGUGAAGAUGUUUUCACAUGCUCAUAGUGUUUCCACACGUGCGAUGCUUUCAAUUCUUCAGGACAAUCACGAGGUGGUUGUUUCCAUCGGUUCCACCUUUAACCACGGGAACGUGCGCAGCUUCAUUCAGUCUGAUCUAUCCAUUGGCGUGUUACCGACUCGACGCGGCCCUGUGGCGGAGAAGGAGGAGGUGUGUUUACGCCGUCACGGUCGUAUUGUGGAGCCUUCCGAAUUUAACGCGAAAAAAUCAUUUAAUCGGGACUUGCCGCUUUAUCAAAAUGUGACGGAGCUUCUUUCUUGCUCCUGCAAUUUAUCGGCCUCACCCACGCCGUCUAUUUUGCCUAUUGUCACAACACUUAUUCGUCAAGCACGACUUCGUCUCAGUGGAAUUGGAAACUGCGUGGAGUUUACCCUUCAUGCCAACUUCUUCGUUACGCUUGUGAAUGUUUUUGCCCUAAUGACAGGGUUACCGCUGCUUAUUAGUCCUACCGCUACCGUGUUUGAGCUCAACGUUAUUAUUCCCAUCCUUGCAUUGUCAUGUACGUAUACCGCAUAUGCGGAUGUAGAUCCUAUGAAGACUAUUUCUUCACGACAUAAUUAUUUUGUACGACUUGCCAUCUUUCGUCACAGCGUGUUGGUGUGGUGCUUACGCUACGUUCCUUCUCUUGUUGCAUUGCUGGUUCUUGGUAUCACCUGCGGCAAACAUCUUUGCCAAACGAGUGUAGAGGAAUUGGCAUUGUCGGCAUCUGACUUCUGUAUGACCUCAACCCGGGGUUAUAUCGCGCUGACGAUGAAUUAUUGGCUAAUAAUUCAUAGUUGGACGCACAUCAGUCGUCAUUACCCACUUGCCCCAAAUCUCUCCUUUAAGACGCGCUACGGCAAGCGAUCGAGUUAUCUUUUUAAGUCCUUUCGUUUGGUCUCCGCGUGCGUUUUGACAAGCGCGCUGAGCAUUCUUUUUGUGGUUAUAAACACCCUAAGCGAUGGGGUCACUGUGCGUGCUUUUUAUCCUUCGCUGGUACAUUUCUUGACCUCACUCCUUUUCCCUGUGUUGCUGCUUCUGUUGGAUGUGCCCAUUAAAGCAUGGCGCUUACGGCGCUUCACUUUGAUGCAGAAGUUUCGUCGUUUGUCGUUUGGCACACGUUUGGGGAUGCACUCACCGCGAGGCGACUACGAGCCGGAGGGGGUGACGUACACGAGUACAUCCGAGGAAUUGGAGCGGCAUGAGGAUCGCGUUCCGGCGCUGAAGCAACGUCUGCACGACGUCUUUUACCGUUUCACCACGAUGAGGCGAGGGAAAAUUGAGCUUAAUUGCGUCUGCUGCGAUCAUAUUGGUGGGAACUAUGCGACAUAUCACAUUCACGGGAACGACAUGUGA